GAAGCGCGUCAGCCGGGCGAACGGGGGAGACGUGCGGCGCGCGGGGGAGAACCGCGUGCUUGGUUGUUGGGGGCCCCCAGGUCGGCCCAGGUGUACUGUGUGUAACAACUCGCGCCGUUCGCCGCGCUCAAACACUGUCAAACAGUGCGCAGUGCAUCGUCGGACGUAGUGCUGUUGCGACGGGCGUUCCGUCUCGGCGCCGAACAGGAUUCGCGGGUGUCCUCAGGAGUCGCGAACGAUGCUGUCCGGGUAGUCGCGAAACGACGCGCGCGCGAGAUGUCGUCCGAGCGAUUUCAUAAGGCCGCGCAAGAAGGCAUGUUGGAUGUUCUGAAGGAAGCCACGAGAAAGGAUUGUAACGCGCGAGAUGAAGGAGGAAUGACCCCGACAUUAUGGGCAGCCUUCGAAGGCCACGUAGAUGCUCUGAGACUGCUGGUCGCCAGAGGAGGCGAUCCGGACAAGACCGAUUAUUUCGGUAAUACAUGCUUGCACCUGGCAGCAGCGAGGGGCCAUGAAUUCUGCGUGAAAUUCUUGGUGAAAUUCGGCUGCAAUAUCUGGUCACUGGAUAUCGACCGACACUCCGCCCGUGAACUUGCGGCGAUAAAUGGCUGCGAGAAGAUCUUGCAGUUCCUAGACAUCGCUCAGGCCGAUCAGGAAUUGAAUAAUCGCAAGAAAAGCCGAUUGCUCCGGGAAAAGGCGGAGAGAGAUGCGGAGAAGAGAUUGAAAGAGUAUAUGAAGAAACAAAAAAUGGCUGAAAUUAGGGCGGAAAAAGAACAAAAGAAACUUAUAAAGGAUCGUGCUAAAUCAGACUUCGAUGCGAUGAAUGAGUUGAACUCUCAACGGCCCGGAGUAUUGACCUUUAGAGGCCGAAUGAAACCUUCGCCAACAUUCAGCGACAUUGUUGGUACUACUAUGAAGAAACAUGGCAGCACAGUUUGUCGAAAAGCCUUAGCUAAAAAAGCCAUUAACGAUUUCAAAGUCGUCGAGAUCGAAGUGAAUGGAAAGAAGUCGGUUCGAAGUCUCACCGGUGUUCGACGGGAUUCUGAAGUUAUGUAUGUAGGCACGUACGACACUCAGCCUCAGCACAUAGGCAUUAGAAGAGGAAAGAUUUCUGAUGUAUGGGGCACUCUCAGUAAAUCGCAGAGUACGCCUGAUCUCCUAGGUGAAAGGAUAUACGAUGAGGAGGAGGAGGACAGAGAGGAAGAGAACUUGAACGUUGCGAAGGACACUGCUUUUCUUCAAGAACCAGCCAGCAUCUUUAACCGACCUGGUUUUGGUUCUGUGGCUUUCAGAAGGGCGAUAACAUCUACGCUGGACAAUCUGCCGGUCAAACAGACGGAUGUUCAAUUGCAAAAUAGCAAUCAUUCCACAAAUGGUUCUAUAAACGGAUCUAUAAACAGUAAUAAGUUCAACCCAAAUGGACACAAUGAGGAAAUCAGUAUAGGAAGUGCCGGCAGUUUGGCGCGCAGGCAAAGCUUGUGGGAUGAGGACCUUCUCUCAGAAGGUGAAGAAACGGACGAAGAAUGGACACCUUUGCAAAGAUUUUUGGUUGCCAAUAAUCUCACAUCCAUACAUCCCAUUUUGGAAUCUGAACAAAUCGAUUUGGAGGCUUUGAUGCUGCUUACUGAAACCGACAUAGCAGCCCUCAAACUUCCACUUGGUCCCAGGCGAAAACUUACUAAUGCAAUUGCAAAUCGAAAAAAAGCGCUAAACACGCCGGAGAGUGUCAUUAAGGACAGUAGAUUAUGAAAAUAGUUUAUUGCAACAGAAGAUGUAUUGCUGUUAACGAAAUUGUUUGUCCGUCCAUAAAUAUAAGGUAGUUAUUAAUAAUUUUUAUGUAAGAGAUAAAAAUAGGAAAUAGUUGUUUUAAAUGCAAGAUAGAAAAUUGAAAACUUUUAUGAAAAUUAGGCAAAACAAUCAUUAGUCAUAAAAAAGGAAGUUUAAAAAAUCAUUGAAAAAUUAAUUAGAGAAGGUUCUUAAUAUCAAAUUUCUUUGUGCCUUGUAGCUUUAUUUAUUAUAGUCUGUCUAUUGUCAAUCUAUUUUCCUAUUAUUACGGUUGUAUUUUCCUAUCAUAUAUUUAAUUGAUCUCAUUGGUUAAAUUAUAGGUAAUCAUAAUUAUACAUUAAUGAUUACCAGAAAUGUUUAUAUCAAAAA